ACAUGCAGCAGCUCACAGAUAGAAGAGGCACCUCUCUCUCUCUCUCUCUCUCUCUCUCUCUCUCUCUCUCUCUCUCUCUCUCUCUCUCUCUCUCUCUCUCUCUCUCUCUCUCUCUCUCUCUCUCUCUCUCUCUCUCUCUCAGAAAAAAAAGGACACAGGAUGACAAGUUGCGGACUUGUCGGCUUCCCACUGCCGUCUGGAGAAGGAGGACGCAGCUGAUCGUGAGCAAAAGACGGAGAGGAGUGCCGGAGGAGCGUCAGUGUCGGAGGUUUUGUUAUAUUUCACACUUCUCUUUCAUCGCAAAGUGAGAGAGAAAAAAGAGAGAGAGUCCUCGGGCUGCGGGAUCAGACGGCGUCCACAGUCCCCUCACCUGAAGUGUCCCUUACCUACCCCGGCUCUCGUGCCUGCUGGGAGACUGAAGAAAAACCACCUGACAGACUUGGAGAGCUUUGCCUGAGGCGCAGCAGAGCUCAUCUAUAACGCAGGGAAAGGACAUUAACACAGCAGGAGUGGAAACAUCAACCAUGGAGGUCUAUACCACUUCCAGGAAACUUACUUUGCUCUCUUUUACCUUCCUGUGGGGGCUCUCAGGCGUAUGCGCUCAGAUCCAGAUGCCUCAACCCAGUAUAGAUGUCAUCAAAGGUCAGAUGGCGGUGCUGAGGGUGUCUUACAGUCCUGUUCCAGGUGGAGACCUGAGCACCAACACCAUCCUCUGGAACUUUGUCUCCAACAACACACAGCUGAUUAUCUCCUACACCAAAGGCUCUAUGAGUGUGGGCAGCUCACAGUUCAGAGGCCGUGUUGGGUUCAUAGCCAGCAUGCCGUCACGUGAUGUAUCGCUGUACAUCAACAACACCCAGGAGUCCGACUCAGGACGCUACCUCUGCCAGGUCAUCAUCCCUGAUAACGCUGGUCUCACUGCAGAUCUGAUCCUGGACGUAAAGGUGCCUCCUGCUGUUCCUAAGUGCUCUCUAUCAGGGAAACCCGUGCUGAAGGGGAACGUGACUCUGAGCUGUAAGUCCAGCUCUGGGAAGCCCAUCCCGAUGUACAGAUGGAGAAAAACCAGUCCCACCUCAGAGGUCUUCUUCUCUCCCAUGCUCAACGAGAAGACCGGCACCCUGAGGCUGAGCAACCUGAGCAGCAACAUGUCGGGGAAAUACGUGUGCACAGCCAGCAACACAGCCGGUUCAGAGAGCUGCUUCAUCAACCUGGACAUCAUCAGCUCCAACAACGUGGGGAUGAUCGUUGGGGCUGUAGUGGGCUCAAUAUUUGGCGCUCUCUUCCUUGUCGUUAUCUGCUUCUUUUUCCUGAUGAAGAGGAGGAGAGACAACGAGGAUGACAUGGCAAAUGAAAUCAAGGAGGACGCUCAGGCUCCAAAGCGUGUUUCCUGGGCAAAGAGUGGCAUGGGUUCAGACAUUAUCUCCAAGAAUGGCACCCUGUCCUCCAUCGCCUCUAGCCCCCACCACAAAGAGCCCCCCCACCACCACCACAACAACCACCACCAUCUGCAGCAGUACCCGCAGCGCCCCCCGUCUGACACGGCCUCCAUCAUCACCGCCACAGGCAGCACGGCUGGCUACAGACCGUCCCGCCACCACGGAGCCUCCACCCCCACGCACUACAGCUACAACAACAACACCACCCUGCCCCGUGACCAGCCUGUCCCCUCUGAGCCCAGCACCAACGGGAGCUCUCUGCCCAGACCGGAGCGCUACACCCAGCUGCCUCAGGCUCAAGCGCUGCCAAUGACCUACAGCCAGCCUCACAUACAGCUCCAUACCACGCCUGUCCCACCGCCACUGCCCACCUCCACUGUCACCGCCUCCAAUAUCGCCCGCAUGGGAGGGGUGCCCAUCAUGGUGCCUGCACAGAACCAGGCCGGUUCUCUGGUCUAACAGUCUAACGUAUCAAGAGCCCCCCUCCACACUGUCAGAGAGGGUCUGCUGAAUUUUAUUUUCAAAGGGAACUCUUAUUUAGCAAAGAUUACAAUAAGUAAAACACUUUAAUGAAGCUUUUAUGGAUACAGACACAGACUGUUUACUCUCUUUAAGUAUACUCCAGUCUUUUAUAUUCUGUACGCACUGUAUACGUCGUUAACAUGUAUGGAUAUCAUUUUCAUACAUUUCUCUUUUUUUCUACUUUAUCAAAGCAUUUCUAAAGUUUUUUUUAUUACACAUCUUUUAAAUGUUUUGUUACUUUGUUUCCUGCCAUUCUUAUCACAGUGGAGGAUCAUUCAGAGGCUUGAGGAAAACACAGAUCCAUUACAGUCUGCAGUUUGUCAUAUUUACUUAAAAACUGCUGUAAAGACAGGAAGUUAAAGCACAUGCUUUCAUGAUGCAGCUCAGGAGGAAACUGGUGAGGACUAGUUGUAGUAAAUGAAGACCAAUAAAUGAGUGUUUCUGCUGCAGGCUUGUGCAGAGAAAGAUAAGACCACACUAUACAUAUGAUCAAGUAUCCUAAUCCCUUUCUUGGCUUUACUUCUGUCAGCGGUCCAGCUUAUAAAAUGCUCUUAGACUCAAUUCUUUAAACACAGAUUAACUAAAGCUUCUUAUAAUAUCGAGCACUAUUCAGAGCUGCAGUUUGGUGACUUUGCUCACUCCACACUUGAGUUGUUUUCAUUUGAAGUGUCCUGCAGGAUGGAAAUUGUAAAUAUGAUAUUUAUUUUUGGUUAAGUUUUUUUUUUUCAUGUAGCAGCCUGUAAGAAACAUAAUGAUCAAUAUGUUUGAUCCAUAUGUUUGCCUGCAUCACUGGAUACUGAACCAAAGAUGUACAGUUUGUCUUGCUUUACUUUUUGAAUAUUCUAAGCUGUAGUUUAUUUUCCAGCGGAGAUGAGGGGGUGGUUAAGGUGAUACUGAAGCAUGUAGACUCACUGCCAGGGGCUUAAAGAGUUCCCCUUACUUCUCCUUCAGUUUGACAUUGCCAAAAAAUAUUUACAGGAAUCAGAAGAGUUUAUAUAAAUCAAAAACUAUCAACCCACAAUGUUUUAAUGUAAAGUUCAUAAUUACUCGUUUUCGAUCAUGUUUUGAAGAAGUUUCCUUUGAGUUCAUAGACUGUUUAUGAAAGGUAGGUGAAGCUGUUUGUCCUCUCAGUGUUGGUUCAUGUGGAGCCAGGAGUGACGCUGGAGUUGUGGAGAGCUGUCAGGUUAUUAAAAGCUUGUUUUCAGGCAGAGCUGUAAUAACUCUAAUCUAUGUCACAGUCAUGUGACCAGACAAGGAAUAAAUCUCAGGACGGAGCUUGUAUUGGGUAUGAUUAUGUUUCCAUUUCUUGUUUCCUGUUUUUUUAUUUAAAAAAAAACAGAUUGGCAUAUAUUGACUCAAAAGUUAUCAGUAAGUUAUUUUUGGAUCUGUACAUCUAGUUGAUUUUUAAAGCACUUCACACAGAAGAAACGUACAGAAGCAUUUGUCCUCUGCCCCAGUGAGGAUGGACAAGUGGUGGCAAUAAUAGAUAAACUUUUAAAUUUAAGAGCUUAAUACGUUAAUCUGAAGAGAUUAAGUUGUGAUUUCAUGAGAACAAAGGUCAAACACACUUAUUUGACAUCAGGAGGCUUCGUCUCCUGUCUGUACACUGUCUGUGAUAAACUGGGUAAUUUCAAACAGCUGACUGAAUAUAACCUCUGUGUUUUACUCCAUCAUGUUUCAUUCAAAAAGAAUCAUCUUUGCAUCUUUAGACUGAAAUAAUGAAGCUGCCAUGACUCAGCAGUAGAUUUAUAAAGCUGUAUACAUGAUGUUUAAAAAGGGAAAUCUGUUUAUGAUUAUUAUUUUUGCUCCCUCUUAUUUUGGUGACACAACUGUCUGUUAUAUUUCAUCUAAAUAUAACACAAUGCAAAUAUAAGUCUCUGGUUAUAAGUCAUUAUGCUAUGUAUCCUGCUGUUUCGUCGUUACACUGGAGCAUUAUGUCUCAUGUUUGUUUUUUGUUCUCUUCUUAGUGUGCACAGAAAGUCAGAGUUAACUCUUUACAUCCUGAAAACGUGUGCUUCAUUCAAACCUGACAGAAAACCUGCAAGAGGAGUCUGAUCCCGUAGCUUUUACAGAGCAGAGAGCUAUGCGGAGAUUGUUUUGAUCUGGAGUCUGUGCAGCUCCAGCUCAUGGACCCUCUGUUCUAACUUGUGAAAGUGUGUACAAUAGGAACCUUAAAAUAAUCCAAGACAAGCCUUUAUUUUUCUACAGUGACAUAUAAGAGCACAUGAGCAGAUACGAUAGGUAGUUAAUGUUUCUUGCUGGCUGUCAGUGAGUUAUAAACCAUGAUGGAUUGUAAAACUCCUGUUCAUGUAACAGUGAGGUUUAACUGUGGACAUUAAUGUGCAGUGUGCACUUGUAUCCUCCAUCUGUGUUCAUGGAAAAUGCUUUGUAUGAAUAUUUUUAAAUAAAAGGUAAAUGAUAA